CAACACACGCACACACACACACUUAUUCACACACAUACUCACACAGACACACAUGCGCACCAAAGGCUAGCCUGAGGACAGCACGCGCUUGAGAGACAACCUCCUGACACACACACACACACACACUUAAGUGCAUUCUGUGGACUCAAUAUACCAACACAGAGGCGAGCCGAUCUGCUGGAAACCACAGAGAAUUGAAAGACUGGAGCACACCUCCCCCUCCUCUUCCCCCCCAACUCUCUCUCUCUCUCUCUCUCUUUCUCACUCACUCACUCACUCACUCACUCACUCUCUCUCAGUGUCCUCCUCUCUCUGAGCAUUACAGCAAGGCAUUGCGCAGGAUUUAACUCCCCUCCUUCAUCUCCCUCUUCUUUAUUUUAAUCGUUUUUUUUCCCUUCCUCCAAUCCAUCUCUCCUUCUGUGGCAGCCGUUGCUCUUGGCAGCGGAAGGAUAUUUUCAUUUCCAUAUUGGAGCGUUACGAGAGCUGCUAUUCGCUCAUUUCUCCCACAACCGUGUGUGCGUGCGUGUGUGUGUGUGAGAGAGAGUGUGUGUGAGCCUGGGGGGGGGACGCCGAGAAGGACGGCAUCUAAAGACGGUGAUGUGCUGGAAUGCUGCUUUUGAGUGUAUAUAAGCAUAUGGGAGUGAGAUGACAUCUACAAUAUGCAAACCUGUGAACACUUGCAUAUAUAUACACGUUAAUGUCUCGUCACUGGCCCCAUAUCGCUGCCUGCGGAGGCUGGCAUCAGGGCCGGCUGAUGCCACAGCAGAUCUGAGGCAGCUGCAGUCGUAGAAGCGCAGACAUGCAACUCAGCACUGCACCUACAGUGGGUCGCAGGAGGAGAGGAAACCCGGACAGCCAAGGUCUUCUAGGUGUGCUGAGUGUGUGUGCUACGUUACUGCAGUUAUGCGCUGGCUGUCCUUCAGAGUGUGUGUGUAACUCGCUGGAAGCUAACUGCAGUGGGCGGAGUCUAGUAUCUGUGCCCGCUCUCGCCUCUCUCCCGGAGGGCACGCAUACCCUCUUUCUGGCCAAUAACCGCCUCUCCUCCCUCCCCGUCUCUGUCUUCGCCAACCUAAGCACCCUGGAGACACUCGACCUGUCCAAUAACUAUCUGGACAACCUGCCUUCCAGACUGUUCCGUGAGCUGAGUAACCUGAGCGAUUUGAGUUUGCGUAACAACAGCCUGACGAUUUUGGAUCGCGAGUUAUUUCGCGGCCUGACCCAGCUGCGGAGACUGGAUCUGUCUCUGAACGGCUUAGCCGCUGUGCCGCUGGGCCUGCUGGAUGAGCUGCAAGGGCUGACCUGGCUCUCCUUGGCUGGGAACAGACUUCACGCCCUGGAGAGAGCCACUUUCGAGCCUCUCGUCAACCUUCAGCACCUGGAGCUGGGCAUGAACCCCUGGGAGUGUGACUGCAACCUGAGAGACUUCAAACACUGGAUGGAGUGGCUGAUAUAUCGAGGCGGUUAUGUCGACGCCGUCGAGUGUACACUUCCGAAGGACUUAAGGGGUCGUGACAUCCGGGGCGUUCCUGUGGAGAUGUUCAACUACUGUCUGCAAUUGGAGGAUGAGAAUGGGGGUGGGGCUGGGAGCACAAAGGGUGGAUCACCACCUUGUUUUCGAGGGACAGCCACUCCGUCAUCUGAAGGUGCGGUGGUGCGUACGGAGGCGGAGCUACCAGACUGUGUGAAGCAGCGUUAUCGGCCGGUCAGUGUUCGCAGGGCGAUCGGUACAGUAGUGAUCGCUGGUGUGGUCUGUGGAAUCGUGUGUAUUAUGAUGGUAGCUGCAGCAGCGUAUGGCUGCAUUUACGCUUCUCUGAUGGCAAAAUACCAACGAGAGCUAAAGAAGAGGCAGCCGUUGAUGGGUGACGCAGAGGCAGAAGCCGACCCGGAGGAGAAACAGAUCUCAUCAGUUGCAUAGGGCAAUGGGGGAGAGGGGUCAGAGUUCAGAGGUCAGCCACAAAUAUAAAGAAGCCUUUACUGGUUGAGCUGCAACAUUUGAUGAUCAUUUAGCUGACCAGCGGAGGAUUCAUCAUCCCUGUUUCCUGUCUCUCUGUCCUUCCUGAGACCCUCUCUGACUCUCAGACUUACACUUUACUCAAUCUCUAAACUUUGGCCUAUGACCUUUGACCUAUUUGCCCUAGGACAAGAGGGACCACUCAGCACUUUAGAACUCCCCCACCCUCCUCCAGUGUUGAGAGGAUCUCAGCAGAGGAGGUGUGGAUGCAACUGUUCACAGUUCUGAACCCUGAUGUUUCUAGAGGAUCAUGUGCUGUCAUUAGCAUUAGCCUCUGUAGCAGCCUAACCAUCAACCCAAACCUCCAAAUCAUAACCCUAGACCUUUAACCUCUCAAAACUAAUCCAAGCCCCCAACUCUAACCCUAACCCUUUAAUACUAAUCCCAAUCCAUACCAUAACCAUCACCUCUAACACUGUCUACACCGGGUCACGCAUGCAAUUGGCACAUCACAUCAAUAACCAAUAACAUUCAAUAUAAUCAAUGCUGUCUACAGUGGAUACAUUCUGAUGCAUUGCACCAUAAACUGAUGUCCCAAUUCCUGAUGCACUACAUGUGCUUGUUCUACUUCCAACAAAAGGACAAAUUGAUUUGGAAUGUUGACUUUAAAGAGUCCCAUGGAUGCAGCCUCAAGCCGCUGCAGCAUCUUGUGUCAAUAGAUGUGCUCGGUGUAGACACAGUGUAAUCCUUCCAACACUACUAUCAAGCCCAACCCUAAACUUUCAGCACUACUCCCAAACCUCAACCCUAAACAUACAACACAAAUCCCUACCCUUACCAUAAACCUCCAACACUAAUCUUAACCCCAAACCCUGAACCUCCAACAUGAAUCCCAAUCCUUACCAUAAACCUCCAUCACUAAUCCCAACUCUAACCUUAAACCUACAACUCUAACCUGAACACCCAAUCCUAAACCGGUAACACUAAUCCCUACAUUACCAUAAAGCUCCAUCACUAAUCCAACUCUAAACCUAAAGUCCAAAGUAUACUUCAUUUUUGUAUGCGUACAGUCAAACGCGUAGCGUUUCAAAGUAUACUCCAUUUGAUGUUGUGUGCGAAUGCAGGUGGUCAACACAUGCACUCUAGAAAGCUUCAUACACGUCCAGUGUCUGCUCUAUUUUUCCACAUAAAUUAUGACUAAUAAAUAUUUUCUAUGAAAGAUGUCUCAUACCCUCUCACUCACAAGUGCUUGUCAAUGUGAGCAUCUGUUGUUGUUAUAGUCUCCGCUAUUUUGUUUUGUUUUCUGCUGUGAAACAAUAUCCCAGGACAGUGUUGCCACCUUGUGGAACAACUGAUUGCUGCACAAUAAAUUCACAAGUUCACCUACCCUUCCAGUCCUGAUGGUUAACAGUAAAUGAUCUUGGCUUGCUGUCCUCAGUGGAGGCUCUAACCUGAGGCUCAGCUUGAGCUCUGAGUUCAAACCCCCCACUGUGGUACUACCUAGAGCAGGGGUGCCCAAACUCGGUCCUGGAGGGCCGGUGUCCUGCUGAGUUUAUCUUCAACUUGCCUCAACACACCUGCCUGGAAAUUUCUAGAAUGCCUAGAAAGAACUUGAUUAGCUGGUUCAGGUAUGUCUAAUUGGUGUUGGAGAUGAACUCUGCAGGACACCAGCCCUCCAGGACCAAGUUUGGGCACCCCUGACCUAGAGGGAGAAUAACAGAAAUAGGGAAGAAGAUGGGGAGGUGGAGGGAUGCUGGAGGAACUGAUGCUUAUAUAGGCUUGUGAUGAUAAUUGACAGGACUGAAUGCUUAGGCUCCUCUCAAAGCUACAUUUGGAACUUAAUUUUAUUGCACAUGUUUGACCUCCAUGUACAAAGUAUGCAAUAUCAGGUGGUGCACGUACAGUACGCACAUACUAUUCUGUUGAUGAAAUUCACGUCAUGCGCACUAUGCGCUGCCCCUUGCUUACGCAUAAAAAGUGAAGUAUACUUUGGGCUUAAGCCUCCAACACUAACAUAAACCCUAACCCAAAACCUCCAACAUUAAUCCCUACCCUUACCUACCAAAAGCCUCCAUUACUACUCUGAACGCACAACCAUAAACCACCAACGGUAAUCUCUACCCUUACCAUAAAUCUCCAUCAAUAAUUGCAACUCUAACCCUAAACCUCCAUCGCUAAUCUGAACCCCCAAUACUAAACCUGUAACACUAAUCCCUACGCUACCAUAAAGCUCCAUCACUAAUCCUAACCCCAACUCUAAACCUAAGCCUCCAACAAUAACCCCAACCCAAGACCUCCAACAUGACCUCCUACCCUUACCAUAAACCUUCAUCACAAUUCAACUCAUAACCUAAACCUUCAACUGCAAUCCCAACCCAAACAUGACUCCCCAAUACUAACCCUAACCCCCAACCUUAAUUGUAACCCUUGACCCUACCCCAGUGUGAACUGAACCUCAUACCCCCAACAUAUCAUAUUUGAAAUAUUCCCACCUUAUUUAUCAGCUAUAAUAUAUUCUAUACAAUGUGACGUGACCCCAGAUUUAUGUUUUUAAGUGUGAGGUUUGUCCUUUGUAUUGUGUGACAAUAAUUUGUGUUGAUAACAUUGUUUUGUUUGUUUACUGUUUGCUGUUUCUCCAUGUUCAUCUCUAGAGCUCAGAUGUGUUUUUGUAAGACUAGGAGAAUCUCCAGCCCUGGUGUCUAUCGUGAAGUGUCUUGAAGUAUCGUGAAGUGCUAAUGUAGAGCAGGCUGAGGACUCUGUUGAUGUUAGUGGAGGGUGGCAGAUCGUGGCUAUUGGAACUGUUAAUUACACCAUGGUGGCUAAAGAAGCAAAGUGGCCCUACAGGACAGCUGCCCUCUAAACAAAAAGCAGAAAGACAACAGCUGAGAAGGAAAUAAACCUUACCUUUAUUAAGAUAGACUUUUCUGUGCAAUAUAAAUCAAUGUCUUUGUUGAUCUGUUGUUUAAUUCUGGACUAGGAUGUCAUAGCUGAUUUAGUCUGAUCUUUUCUCUUGGGCUGGCAAUGGAGGAGAAUCGAUUGCGCCUGUGUGAUCAAUUUUCUGCUUGUGGACCAAUUUGCAUAAUCCGCUUUUCCUUGAGGGCAGAAGUUGUUUAGACUAAAUAAUUCAGAUAAAUUUGACUUGGGCUUUCAAAAGCCCACAGAUAUUGUCAAUAUAACAUUAUCUGCAACAGUCAACCUCAAAAAAGGCUGUCCGAAACUAGCUCCACUCUGUUAACGUAACCCAACAUAUUCAUUUCCUCAGUGUUACUGAACAUUUAGAAUCGGAUUAUAAUGUUGCUAAUAAUGUCAGGAGUAACGUCAUCAUUGGGUGUCUUGCACAAUGCUGCCAUCUAUAGGAAGGAUGUGCGGUAGGCACAAGGGUGUGGAGCAAAUAUCACACCACCUCAUCAGGAUUUAGGAGAUGCUCUUCCGCUGUAACUAUAGCAACAAUCUUUCCCACACACUAUUCAUUACCAAUGCAAAUUACUGGUAAGGUUGCUGGCAAAAAGUUGUAAAUCAAAGUACAACUAAUUUGUGUGCUACUACCCACACCAGCAGUUAAGCGUCUAGGACUUUGUCUCUGUGUUCAGUGAUAUCUGCAGCCAUAUGCUGAGUAUAUAUAAGUACAGAUAUACAUUUAUUCAAAAGUAUGUUGAAUACAUGUAUAUAUUUUAAUCUGUGUCUUACAAAUUAUUUAUGAACAAUAACUUGAUUGCAAAAAUUGAGUAUACUUUUCCCUGUGUUUCCUGUGCAAACUCCUUUUUUGUCAGAGAAUUCAGAGAAAACUCAUGAAUUAUUAAUAAGAGGAGUUUUGUCUAAUGGUUGCGGUCUCUCCUGCCAUUACUGUUCAUUUAGCUCUUAUUUUAUACAGCAUGUGUCAAAGGCCUGUACUCUGCACGGGGCUCUACACGUACCCUGUAUCCUCUGUUAUGAGAAGAGAAAAAAAAAAAGACAAAAGCACUUUUGCCACUGAUGGACUAAUACUUUCCUGUCAAAUUGCACUUAUUGCGAAUAUUCUCAAAAGUGAGCACAUGCUUGUUUAUUGACGAUGUCAACAACGCGCUUUAUCUGAAUAUAAGCCGACAGAGCGGUCGUGAUGUAACGUGAAUGAAUAUGAAGGGCGGUUUAUAAAUGAGCAAUGACUCAGCUGGGGUGUGUUUACUCUCUGUCCUGGCCUUGCAUAUAAGAGCAGGGACACCACACACACUUCACUACGCACCCUCGCUAAAUAAAGGCUUUGUAAAUCCCAGUUGAUGGAUGAGAGGAAAGGAUUUGCCCAUUUGACUGAGCUGAAAGCAUCUUCGAGAUCUUUAUGAAGUUCUGGUUUAAUAUCUUAUAGCUUAUCGAUGUGACCCUUUCUUCACUUGACCUUUUUUCUAAGACUGAUAUGAGAUCCUUCUUUAUAUUUUCGCUUGAUAAAAAUCAGUUUGAAAUAUGAUUUGUGAGCUGUGAUAUAAUUCUGUGUUAAAAAUGAAUAAAGAAUGUAUUUCCGUAAA